ACUAGCGUCGUUGUUAGGGGAGCGCGACGUCCGUAUCCUAGCAGAAGCAGUUUACCUGGUUCAGUUUUGUUUGAAAAACAUUUAGGACGAGGCUUUUUGACUUGGUGAAAAGUGGACUCAUCGUGCUACGCAAAAUGUCCUCCGAGGAAGUGGGCGAAAUAACGAACCUGGAACCGGCGGCCAUCAUCGGGUUCGAUGGUCACGUCAUCGCCGGUCUGCGCGUCCACCCGGACCAGAAGCACCUGGUCUUCCCGCUCGGAAACGAAAUCUCGAUCUACGAGCUGGAAACGAACCGGCAGACGUUUUUGCGCGGCCACACCAACACCAUCUCGACGGUGGACAUAUCGCCGACGGGGAAGAUGGUCGCUUCCGGCCAGACCAACCACAUGGGCUUCCGGGCGUACGUCAUCAUCUGGGACUGGCAGAGCCGCAAGGAGAUUUCCCGGUACGAGCUGCACCGGGUCAAGGUCCAGUCGCUGUGCUUCAGCUCAAACGAGCAAUAUCUGGUCAGCUUGGGCGGGAAGGAUUGCGGCUCGAUAAUCGUGUGGGACAUUGAGCAAAACAUUGCCAUUUGUGGAACGAUUGCAACCAAGGAGACUACCGGAGAUGCGCUGAACGUGUGCGCCCUCAGGCAGCGUUGGACGGUGUUUGUGUCCGGGGGUGAUCAAAACCUUCGCGUCUGGCACAUUGACCGCGACCGGAAGCGGCUGGAGGUGCAGGACGUGGCCGUUGGCAAGCUGCGGCGCGAGUUCACCGGUAUGUGCAUCACCGAAGACGACGAGGUUCUGUACGUGGGCACCAUGUCGGGGGACAUCGUCAAGAUCCGGCUGAACGUGAGCUCCAAUCCGAACGCGUCGGCCCAGGACAAACUUCCGGUGCUGUUGGGAUGCUUCGGGAAGCACAAUCCGCGUAAGCCGGUCGGGAAGGACUGCGAGAAGUAUCACUACGGGGUGCGGGAUUUGCUGAUCUUGCCGAACGGGUGCUUGGUUAUUGCGGCGGGGGACGGGACGAUCGACAUGGUGCAGGAGCGUAACGUGAGCUUCAAGAAUUACAAUAGCCCUACGUGGCCGCAGUUGACAUCGAUUCAAUCUGCAAAGAUCGGAGGCGUGAUCACUUCGCUGCAGAUCGUCAACAAGACCAGUCUGCUGAUCGGGACGAAUGGGUGCGAGAUCUACGCGCUUGAGCUGCAGAACUUCAAAACCAGCCUCCGGCUGUUGAAAACGUGCCAUACCAACACGGUCUACGAUAUUGCCUUUCCCUACAACUUCUCGCUGGUGUUCGCCACGGCCAGCCACGAGUCGAUCCGCAUCUGGUCCACCUCGCGGAUGCAGGAGCUGCUCCGGAUCGUCGUGCCGAACUUUGCUUCCUCCUCGAUCGUGUUCAGCCGCGACGGCAAGAGUAUCAUUUCCGCGUGGAACGACGGCGUAAUCCGGGCCUUCACGCCGCUGACGGGCAAGCUGAUCUACGCGAUCCCGAACGCCCACAACAAGGGCUGCUCGUCGUUGGACGUGACGAGCAACGGGAAGAUUCUGGUGAGCGGCGGCGUCGAGGGUCAGGUGCGCGUGUGGAAGAUCGAGCCGUACGUGCAGAGCAUGAUCGGAGUGUUGAAGGAGCACUACGGACCGAUCGAGUCGGUGCACAUCAACUGCUUCGACACCGAGGUGGUGUCGGCUUCGCGGGACGGAUCGUGCGUGAUCUGGGACUUGAUCCGGCUGACGCGGAAGCACGUGAUCUUUGCCCACACGCAGUUCAUCGCGGCGCAGUACUGGACGAACGGGGUUCAGAUUUUGACGGCCGGAUCGGACAAGUUGAUUGGUUACUGGGAGGCUUUUGAUGGUAGUUUGGUGCGCGAGGUCGAGGGUUCCAAGUCGGGACCGAUCAACGCGAUCGACAUGAACAUGACCGGGGAGUACUUUGUGUCGGCGGGGACGGAUCAGAUCGUGCGGCUGUGGGACUACCAGCUGGGAACGGAGGUUGCGGUCGGGAUCGGGCAUGCCACCUCGAUCACGUCGGCGCGGUACAGUCCGAACGGGAAGUUUCUGGUGACGGGGUCCAGCGACGGUGGGGUGUUUGUGUGGACGGUGCCGGAGAAAUACCACAUCAAAAUCGCCUCCCCGGACAAGGAAGGCAAGAACGCCAACCGCAAGACCAACUCCUCGGAUAGCGCCACCCGGAAGGCCGUCCAGUAUCGCCCCACGAGGAACGCAAACGAAAACGUUCGCGAGCUCGAGUCGGCUCGAUCCAAUCGAUCGGACUGCCAAAUCUCCACCUGCCCCGAGGUGGACAUCAACGCUCAGCCCACGAUCGAUCCGUGCGUGGACACGGCCUCGCUGGCGGACGACACGGAACGGGAGGAGCAGCAGCAGCUGGAGACGCGGUCGUUUCACUCGCAGAAAUCGCAAAUUUUUGAGUAGAAUUUUAUUUAUUUUGCUAUUUGAGAUAAGUUUUUGUUUUUGUGAAUGAUCUAAUCCAAGUCUUGUUGCAGAAGACGCUCAAUAAAGCUAUUGAUUUGAA